CCCCCACGUGGAGGGACCGAGGCGCCAUGGCGGCCGCUCCGGCCCGGGUGCUGCUGGGGCUGCGCGACGCCGCCGUCCCGCCGGGCAGCGAGGGUCUCCCGUCGCAGGGCACCGCCAGCAAGCUGGGCGGGUCUCCGGAUUGGAGGCUCUCGGUCCCUGUGAUCCACCUAUCCUGUGAGGUUUGCUGUGCUGGUUUGCUGCACGUGGUGCAAAUCUAUUGUCCCCUUCAAGGCUCCCAGUACCACCGGGUCAUCAAUGUAUUUGCUUGUGCCAGGAAAAGCUGCUGGGGGAAUUCUGAAAGCUGGAAGGUGUUACGAUCCCAGUAUUUGCAAAUCCCAAGAAAAGAAAUACAAGACUGCACACAGAAGCAGGAGCAAGAACGGACACAAGCAGUCACCGACUGGUGCAAUGGAGCAGAUGAUUGGGGAGAAAACGGUGAAGAGGCACCUUCUGAGCUGUCUGCGACUUUCCACUCUUUCCCUAGAGAAACACAAUGUGCAGCUCUAUUGCAGAGAAUGAGCCUGGGAAAGAACACGGGGGAUUUUCCUGACAUGACUCAGGAAGAGCCAAUCAAGCCCUCCAGCUGUGCCCAGGAGUUCCAGCCCUACUACAUCAGUGUAGUGGAGGAAGAAGACUAUCUCUGUUGGGAGGACUUGGAAGAUGCUCAGAGGCUUCUAAAGGAGUAUCAGCAGAGGGAGGAUGUGGAUUUGGAACACUUGAUGUCAGCAAGUUAUGCCCCUGAUGGUUCUGGUGAGAAGUAUGAGAAGAGUGAAGCUGAAAAGAGAAACCAGAUAUUCUACAAAUUCAUGAAAAGAAUUUCCUCCUGCCAGGAACAGAUCUUAAGAUACUCCUGGAAUGGCCAACCUUUAUUUAUUACCCAACCAUCUGCAGACUUCCAGACAAGAGUCCCACGCUGUAAUAACUGCAAAAGUAAGAGAAUCUUUGAAUUCCAACUGAUGCCAACUCUAGUCAACAUGCUGAAGACCAGGGAAAAUGAUACAUCCAUAGAAUUUGGAACUGCAGUAGUAUACACAUGUGAGAAAAGUUGUUGGACAGCAGGUUGUUCUUCACCCUUGGAAGAAUUUAUUUUCGUACAAGAAGAUCCAGACCAGAGAUUGUUCAAAUAGAUUCUGUUUAGUUCUUUGACUGAAGGCACACAAGAAGAGUGAAGCAGAUAAGAAGCCCUGUAUUUUGUCCAAAAGAGAAAUGUUGGCUUCCACUGGUCCUACCUGCCUAACCUUGUCCAGCCUCAAAUGCGCACCCACGUGUGGCUCUGUAAAGCCCUUUAUGUUGGAUUGCUGCCUCUUCCCACUACAGCUGACCAUUCUGAUGCGAGGAGAAGCAGCUAUUUGUUCCUAAUUUCCUGGAGGCCAUGGGUGUAGUCCUGGAGGCACUGCCUUUUGGUGUGGGAGUUGCCCUUCUGGAAUGGCCUUAACAGGUUCAUUUUUCUGUCUCACAUUUGGUCUGCCUUUCAGAAAAAGCUUUUCCAGGCGGCUUUUGAGACCUGCUAUCCUAUGUUGGGCCUGGGUUUUAUUGUAUUUUUCGGAGUAUAAGAUGCACCAAGAUUUUGAAGAGGCAAAUUUAAAAACAAGUUUUUGCACUC